CUUCCUCAAAAUGUUUAGUUUUGAGCAAUCUUGUUUCUGUAAAGUCUGCUUCAGCUCUUCAGCUCUUCCUGUUUCCACAAAGUGGGCAAACUAUUUUAAGGAACAAGUUUCAAAGUCUGAGAUUCGCAUGCUCACACUCUGCACAAGAAGCUGGUCUGUGAAGCAUAAGGUUUCUCUUUCCUGGAGCUCAGAGUAUUUCUUCCCCUGCCCAGCCCUGGCAGAUCUGUCAGACUGGAAGAGAAGUAGAACAAAUCCUGUGAACCUGGAAGUCACCGUCCUCGUUCUUCAAGGAAACAGAGAUGGGGUCAGACCUUGGAAGAUGUUUGUCCCUCCUCCUCCUGCUGCUGCAACUGUCAGGCGCCGUGGGUUCUGAUCAUACUGAGCCCCAGGACCUCACCAAGGCUCGCUGGUUUGAAAUUCAGCACAUUCAGCCAAGUCCGCUCCAAUGCAACAGGGCCAUGAGGGGGGUCAAUAAUUACACCCAGCACUGUAAGAAGCUUAACACUUUUCUGCAUGACUCUCUCCGGGAUGUGAUUAAUGCUUGCAAUACUCCCAAGAUCAUCUGCAAAAAUGGUCAGCACAACUGUCACAAGAGCUCAAAGCCAGUCAACAUAACCCACUGUAAAUUAACCACAGGGUGGUAUCCUGACUGCUCCUACAGUCACAUGGACCACUUCAGAUUCUUCAUUGUCGCCUGUGACCCCCCUCAGAAGAGUGACCCUCGCUACCCCUUGGUUCCUGUACACUUAGAUAAGGUUGUCAGAGGUUUUAAACACUUCCUCUUUCGUUUACUAAAGCUGGCCUAGAAUUUC